AUGGGAGAAUGUACUUCUUCAGGAGACACAGAGUUGGGAGGUGAUGAAGGUGUGGAAAUAUACAACACUCUCAAUCUACAAAUUAAAAAGACCACGUUGAAAGGUGUAAUAGACAACUUCGAAAAGCAUUGUCAGCCGAAGAAGAACGUGGUGUAUGAACGCUACAAAGUUUUAAGCUGCAACCAGAAGGAAGGUCAAUCAAUGGGUAGUUUCAUUACGGAACUGAAAACAAUGGUGAAGAAUUGGGAGUACGAAUCUGAAGAGGAAAUGGUACGCGACAAGAUAUUUCUGGGCAUCCGAGAUAAAAGUGUUCGGGAACGCCUUCUGCAAACCGAGGUCUCAUCUGGUCCUUGA